AUGGCUCGCUCGAGGCACAACAGUCCCGCGGGGGACGAUGCAGACGAUGGCGCGAACGCUCUCUUCACCAUCACAGGCCGUCCAGUCUACUUUUACUUGUACGGGACGAACGAGCCGACCGCGCCGGGGGCACUUACAGAGGGACAGCGUGAGCAUCUGAAAGGAUUGAUUACGAAAAACGGCGGCUUCAUAUGCAAGUCCGAGGCAGACGCGGACACGAUCAUCGUAAAUCCUGUGCAGGUUAAAGCUCUCAAGGACAAGUACGACUUUGAGCACAACAUCUACGUCGAACCCCCAUCCUUUGUGGAGCUCUGUAUUCACAGGGGCGUCUACACACACGACAGAGUCCUGAAGAAGCCUCUAGGUGGCCGGCCUCCCAAAGGCGCCCGCACACCAUUUACUGAUGAGGAUGACCAGCACCUCUGUGAAUUCCUCGCCCGCCGCAUACCCGACAAGGAGGCCGGAGGCCGUAACGGGCGGAACACCUACAUAGAGCUCGUUGAGAAGGCGCAAUACGCCGGGCUGGGCUACGAAUGGGCCGCGCGGCACACCUGGGAGUCUUGGAAGGAAAGAUAUAAGAAGAGGUUUGAGAUUAUGGAUCCCAUCAUUGACGAGAUCGUGAGGCAAAAUCCCCCUCCUGCGGACGGCAAGGGUGUGCGGCCGUACGACAGACGGGUGAACGGCCAGGGUCAGUUCGCGCUGCUGAACAAGCAGGCCCUGAUGGAGGAGGAAGAAGAAGAGGACGAGGACGUGUUUGAGAUUGAAACCGGUCCCGAGCAUGAUGCACACGAGGAAGCGGGCGAGUCCCAGCAAGAACUGCCUCAAGAAGGGGAUGAGGAGGAGGACCACCGGCCUGGCCCCGAGGACGCCGGUCCUUCUGGGACACAGCGCACGCCGUCCGCCAGCCCUCCACCAGCGCCCAAACAGAAGCAGAAGCAGGCAGCCCAAUCCUCUCGCGCCCGGCCCCCGCCACGCGCACCUAACGGCGGUCUCGCCGCAGCCGCACGCCUCGCACAGAGAGCUCUAACGCAGGAGGCCCCCGCGAGCUCUCAAGCCACGCUCGUCGGGCCCGUGCCCUCCCAGAUGCGCGGCGCGAGCGGGGCAGCAAAGCUCCCUCCUAGGCGCCCCAGGGAAGCCUCUGUUGAGCGCGAGGAGGCCCAUGCGCCCACGGAGAAGCCCGUGGCUAAGCGUCGCAAGAUUCACAAGGCGCCCGAGCCGCCCGUCGUGCAAGUGCCGCCGAUGAGGGAGGGCGGCCGGGGUUCGCGCGUCGCGUCUCAGGCUGCGCGGAAGACGGCGGACCAGCCGCGCAAGGUGCCUAGCGUCGUCCCGGCGCCCCGUCGCCAGCCCGUCCGGCCGCCCUCUCCAGUCGUACAGGAAGAAGAUGAAGAUGAAGAAGACGUGGAUGGCGACGACGACGAGAUGGAAGACGAAGGCGUCGUAGCAGGCGGCAGCGACGAACAGGACGUCGAGGAGCUCCUCCAAGCCCAGAGCGCCGAGACCAGCCGGCAAUUCUCGCCACCCGUGGCGGGUCCAUCUGGCGCGUCGGCGAGCGACGAUAUGGACAGCGACGACCAAGUCGCCCUCCAGAAGCUCAAUCCCGACCGGCGCGCGAGCAUGAGCGACGAGGAUGAUGACGACGUGGCGUACGCGAACUCACUCGACCUCACGGUCCCGUCGCGCUCGCGCAACGCCUCCGCGCGCCACGCCACGGCCUCCCGCUCUCCACAGGCGCCAGUCACCCCUGCGCGGCCAGUGCGGCGGGGUACGGACGAAUCGACGGAGUCGGAGGCGGCCGUGCCGUUGGCCGGGACGCGGGCGAGCGAGACGGUGCGGCGGGCGAGGGAGAGCGCCAAGCGGGAGCCGUACUUGCCUCCGCCUGGGACCAGGGCUGCGAUUGUGGCGGCCAUCCCGGCACCUGUCAGUGGGAAGGUUUUGCGCUCGCGCAAGAUUCCUACUCGUGCGUAA